AUGCUUGUUUACGAUGCUGCUGUAUUGGAGACUUUAAGCUCUGUAUUAUUGACAACCAUAGUUGUUCUUUAUAACAUAUAUCAUAAUAUAUGAGACUCUUAUUUUUUAAGUUCAAUGAAAAACAUGUAUCUGUUAAAAUGCUGAGUGCACAUAAUAAAUCUUUUAAAUCAUCUAAUUUAUUUAAGGUACAAUCCCAUAUGGUUGGGAAAACAUUCUCAAAAUCAAAGGUAUUUAUUAACUUUGGCAAAAUUGAAGCAAAUAAUUGCCAUUCUUUAUUUUCUUUUAUUUGUAACCAUGAUACUAUAUCUUCCAGGUACAUUGAACUUAAACAUUUCCGUAGAUUUAAUUCCAAGUCGUUAUAUAAAAAUUUCUUUAAUUGUAAGCAUUCUAAAAAACAUUCUAAUAUUUUCAUAUAAAAAAUUUUACUUUCAUUGCUAUUUAAAAUAUCGGCAUUUAAUUGCCGAAAAUUUAUCAAAUGUUGUUCAAUACAGAAUGCAUCGCAAUAAAGUGUUAAUUGUAGAAUUAAAAUAUCAUAUAAAAUUGGAUAUUUCGUAAAAUUUUGUAAUUUUUUCUUUCCAAGUAGAGUAUUUUCUGUAGUUUUAAGACAUAAAUCAUUCGGCAUUAUUUUGGAAUGUUUCUUUUUUGCAUGAAAUACAAGCUGAUAUUCAUAACAUAAUAUCAUUUGAAAUGUGUAUAAUUGUUUUGCAUGUAAAUUAUCUUUUUGUAUUUCGGUAUAAUAGUAUUUGCUUAGUCGAUGUAGCAAUAAAAAUGGAUCAUCUUUAAAUGCAAUUUCUAAUAAUUCCAAGAUUGAGAAAUCUAUUGUUGAAGUGUGCAUAUAGUGUUCAUGUAAAUCCAUUUUGCUGCAAUUUCUGUUUCUAUAUAUUUGAAUUUAUUUAUAUACAUAUGCACAUAAAUAUAUAUUUCCAUAAAAAUAUUAAACGUUUAAAUAAAUUCUUUCAUUAAUUUAAGUAUUUUUUUAUUCGUAAAAAUUUAUUACAAUCUUGGUACCUACGACUGGCAAGCCAAUUACACCUAACCAAUAAAUGCACACGUGGUUAUUUAGAAAUGUAUGUAUCAAACAUUAAUUUAUUUCGUCAUAGAAAGUCAAUGAUAGUUUUUUAAUAAGUGCCUUAUGAAAUAAAUAGUAUACAUCAAAAACCAAUGCAAACUCGACAGUGGAGACUUCAACACUUAACAGUCAGCGGUUUCAGGAAAUGUUGUAUUUUCAGACAACAGGAAGUAACAUCCUGAAAAUCAUUAGCUUGGUCAAACAAGUGGUCAAUAGCCGGCACAUAAGUUUGACGAGAAUGGCUAAAAGUAAAUUUGAAUAUGUAAAAGAAUUUGAACGUGAUGACUGUUGUUUGCCAAAUUGUUGGAUUGUGGUUAGAAUAGAUGGAAGAAACUUUUCGAAGUUUUGUGAAGCGCAUCAAUUUAAUAAGCCGAACGAUGUAGCUGCUUUGCAAUUAAUGAAUCGCGCGGCUAUUACGGUUAUGGAAGAUUUUAAAGAAAUCAUAAUAGGCUUUGGUCAAAGUGACGAAUAUUCUUUUGUCUUUCGAAAAGAUACUGAACUUUACAAACGAAGAGCUUCGAAAUUAAUGACAAAUGUGAAUUCUCUCUUUGCAUCAUCAUAUGUUUAUCACUGGCCUCGUUUCUUCCAAGGCAAGGAAUUAUAUUAUCCACCAUCUUUUGAUGCCCGUGUUAUAUUGUAUCCUACAGAUAAAAAUUUAAGGGAUUACUUAGCAUGGCGACAAGCUGAUGCUCACGUAAACAAUUUAUAUAAUACUUGUUUUUGGAAUCUAGUACUAAAAGGAAAAUUAACUCCAGCUCAGGCUGAAGGAAAGCUUAGAGGUACAUUAGCAUCACAUAAGAAUGAAUUGCUGUUUCAAGAAUUUGGUAUAAAUUACAACAAUGAGCCACCGCUUUUUCGAAAGGGUACUAUACUUAUAAGGAAAUUAGUACCUGAUGGAACGGGUAGAUUAAAACCUGCAGUAGUUCCAUUAGUAGAUGACAUUAUUGGAGAUCGUUUUUGGAAAGAAAAUCCAGAAGUACUUGGAUUAAAAAGUUUAGCAACUUAUCAACCUCCAAAUUUAGUUAAUAAUGUUAACGCAAUCAGAACAACAAAACCACCGUCUCCAACUGCAAACAUGAAACACAUUAAUAAUACUCCACCACCCCCAGUUGCUAAUGUGAAUUCUAUGAAUGAAGAAGUGCAUCCAACAAGAAAUCGAGAAUCAGAUGGAGAAAGAAUGCAGUGUGAAAAUGAACGAAUUUGUAGAAGAUAA